AUGGCGAUCUGUACUUAUAACGCGCGUACGCUUGCAUCGGAAGCGGUCAUCGAAGAUUUGAUGAUGCAAACCAAGAAGAUCAAGUACGACGUCAUCGGACUGACCGAGACGAGACGACGUCACCCUCUCAACGCCGUAUAUGAAACUGGAGAAGAACUGUUCUUAGGAACAUGCGACAGUAGAGGUGUUGGUGGAGUUGGCGUCCUCGUCAACACGAGUAUAGCAAAGAACAUCGACUCUCAACUUACGACCCGAAUCGGACGUCUGCGGAUGAGAAGAUGUGGUCCAACAUCAGCUUUGACUAUCUUCGUCGCUUACGCUCCAACAUCAAGCUACGAAGAAGAAGUCGAAAUUUCUAUAUGGACCUGGAGAAGUUCUACCGAGAAGAUCAUGCCUUCUAAAAGGUCAUAA